AGAGAUGCUGCAAUGGUGAGAGUGGGUUUCCGAGCGAUCUGAGGACCUGAAGAAAACUUGCUACCGAGAAGGACGUUUUGAAGGUUUUGUUGGCUGGAAGAGGUAUCUCUGGACUCCCACUCCAGAUCUUUCUCGAAGAUUUGAAAAGAAUUAGAUUAGGGGCAUGGGGUCACACAAGGUCACCCCAUCUCUGAUCUUCGCCAUUGCCAUUGCUACAAUCGGCUCUUUCCAGUUUGGCUACAACACCGGAGUCAUCAAUGCUCCUGAGACGAUCAUAAAGGACUUUCUCAAUUACACUUUGGAAGAGCAGCGAGAAAACCAUCCCUCAAAUGUGUUGCUCACAUCCCUCUGGUCCUUGUCUGUAGCCAUCUUCUCCGUUGGUGGUAUGAUUGGCUCCUUUUCCGUUGGACUCUUUGUCAACCGCUAUGGCAGGCGCAAUUCAAUGCUUAUUGUGAACCUCUUGGCCAUCGCUGGUGGCUGCCUCAUGGGGUUCUGUAAAUUAGCUGAGUCAUUUGAAAUGCUGAUCCUGGGCCGCUUGGUUAUUGGCAUCUUCUGUGGACUCUGCACUGGUUUUGUGCCCAUGUACAUUGGCGAGGUCUCUCCUACUGCCCUACGGGGUGCCUUUGGCACUCUAAACCAGCUGGGCAUUGUCAUCGGGAUCCUGGUAGCCCAGAUCUUUGGUCUGGAAGUCAUCUUGGGGUCUGAAGAGCUAUGGCCCGUGCUGUUAGGCUUCACCAUCAUUCCAGCUAUCCUACAAAGUGCAGCCCUUCCAUUUUGCCCUGAAAGUCCUAGAUUCCUACUCAUUAACAGAAAGGAAGAGGAGAGUGCUAAGGAGAUCCUGCAGCGGUUGUGGGGCACCCAGGAUGUGUCCCAGGACAUCCAGGAGAUGAAAGAUGAGAGUACCAGGAUGGCACAAGAAAAGCGAGUCACUGUGCUAGAGCUCUUUAGAGCUCCCAGCUACCGACAGCCCAUUAUCAUUUCCGUCGUGCUCCAGCUCUCUCAGCAGCUCUCUGGAAUCAAUGCUGUGUUCUAUUACUCAACGGGAAUCUUCAAGGAUGCAGGUGUUGAGGAGCCGAUCUAUGCCACCAUCGGUGCUGGUGUGGUUAAUACUAUCUUCACUGUAGUUUCUCUGUUUCUGGUGGAAAGGGCAGGAAGAAGGACUCUACAUAUGAUAGGCCUUGGCGGGAUGGCUUUCUGCUCCGUCCUCAUGACUGUUUCUUUGUUACUAAAGGAUACGUAUGGGUGGAUGAGCUUCGUCUGUAUUGGGGCUAUCUUGGUCUUUGUGGCCUUCUUUGAAGUUGGCCCAGGCCCCAUCCCCUGGUUUAUUGUGGCCGAACUCUUCAGCCAGGGACCCCGCCCAGCUGCAAUGGCAGUGGCUGGUUGUUCCAACUGGACCUCCAACUUUUUAGUUGGAUUGCUCUUCCCCUCUGCUGCAUUCUAUUUAGGAGCCUACGUUUUUAUUGUCUUCACUGGCUUCCUCAUUACCUUCUUGAUCUUCACCUUCUUCAAAGUCCCCGAGACCCGUGGCAGGACUUUUGAGGAUAUUACGCGGGCCUUUGAAGGGCAGGCUGCAGAAAGAGCUGGGAAAGCCUCCAACAUGGAAAUGAAUAGCAUCGAGCCUUUUAAGGAGACCACCACCCAUGUCUAAGCCAUGCCUCCUUCCACCUCCCUCCCAACAUGGAAAAGCAACCUCUCCCUCACGGAGGGAGAGACCUCAUCAGGAUGAACCCAAGACUGCUUUUGACUGCUGCUACUUGACUCCUUUCUCAUCCCGCACACUCCAUGAGCACUCCAAAUGCUGGGGUUAGUUGGAUUCUCAAUGGCUUUUUAAAUGUUUCGUUUCUUGGACAUUCUCUUCUGUUUAGGAGAGACCAAAUGAACCUACCUUCAUUUCAGGAGGCAUUGGCCGCUUGGCAUAUGACAACUUUGCCAGCUCUUCCUCCCUUAGGUUCUCAUUGCCCCACAAGGGCUUGUAGGGGAGAAGGAGUAAGGUGCAAUUCCCCCAACCUCAGACUUACCAGGAAGCAGAUGCACGUAAGAGUGUGGAAGGCAGAGGGGGAUCAAAUAAGAGCACCUUCCUCACUUCUGUACAGCUCUGCACAGCAAGUUAACUUGAGUUUUAUUUAUUUUACCUUCUGGUUUUAUUGCAUAAAUAUUUAUUUUUUUAAGUGUAAAGUAAUCUUACCAAAUAAUGAAAACAUAAGGAAAUUGAGGUUAGAGGGAGGUGUUUAAAGAGAGGUUAUAGAGAUUUGAUGCUAGAGAGGUUAAGGUGCAAUAAGAAGGGAAGAAUUGAGGGAAAAAUGUAGCUCGAUAUUGGGGGUAUGUGAUGUGGUGCCUGAGGUUUUUAUGUUGCUCCUUAACAGUUUCUGUCCUUCAAGUGGAAACUCUUUUAAGUUUAAUUUCUCAGAAAAGUCAUGUGCCUGCAUUAAAAAAGCUACUGAUUUCCUUUGGAA